GCUGCCCCUAGACCCUUCUCAAAGCAGGUGCACCUGGACAACGGCAUCUCCUCCAAGGCCAUGAGCAUCAUGAACUCGUUCAUCAACAUCUUCAAGCGCAUCGCCUCCAAGGCGUCCCACCUGGCCCACUACUGUAAGAGGUCCACCAUCACCUCCAGGGAGAUCCAGACCGAUGUCCGCCUGCUGCUGCCAGGAGAGCUGGCCAAGCACACCAUGUCCAAGGGUACCAAAGUCACCAAGUACACCAGCUCCYAGUAA